ACCUAUGCGGUCUAUAUAUAUAAAUAUAUCUUUAUGUAUUUUCCUGUCACUAUAAAUAGAUCUCGGUCGGUUGAGCUCCGUUUCAAACCGUAACGAGCACUUGAUACUUGAAAACGCCGCAUUCCAACUUGUCGCUCAGAUAUGGCAAUACCUAAAGAAAUAUAUAACCUAAAAUUGCUGUAUAUUUUGGUGCUUUUGGCUGAAGCUGUUUUGUCCAAGACGACCAAUAACAUGACACGCAUUGUGGGUGGCCACGAUGUGCCUCUCGGCCAAUACGUUCCCUACCAGGUUUCACUGCAGUAUUUUACAAGGAAAAAUAAGUACCAACAUUUCUGUGGUGGCUCUAUAAUAGCACCGGACCGCAUUUUAACUGCUGCCCAUUGUUGCAAGGACUUCGAUGUGGGGCGUAUGAGUAUAUUGGCCGGAAUACGUGAUCUUAAUGACUCGGAAGCUGUGCGCAUACAGGUACAAUCUUACGAUAUACACGAAAACUAUGAGGAACUUGUGACUAGUGAUAUAGCUAUACUAAAACUAAUGGAACCCUUAAAUCUGGAUGGUACGCGCAUAGCAGCUAUUGAUGUGCGGGGCGGUGAGGUUGUUGGCGGUGGCGUGCCAGUCACGUUGACUGGUUGGGGUCUGCGCUUGCCAGUAGCUUUUCCUUUUCUGCCACCCGAAUUAGACAAUAUAAAUUAUCCAACCACUUUGCAAACCAUGGACUACCACACCAUUACGAAUCAAGAAUGUAAAAGUAGCGGUAUGGAAGAUCUCACAGAUACAGAGAUUUGCGCGAGAGGCACUUUACUGAAGGGUGCCUGCUCGGGUGACUCAGGUGGGCCACUGGUAACGAAAACUAAUGCGGGGUUGCAUCAAGUCGGUAUUGUCUCCUAUGGGCUCUUUGUUUGUGGUGUAUUCAGCGUGAUACCGGAUGUUUACACCAGAGUUUCGGUUUUUGAUGAGUGGAUACGGGAGCGUAUGCAGUAAAGUGCUCCGGCGGUACAGCACACUUCGGCCUCCACCGUCCACUGCACAAAAGCAAAAGUAUUUCUUCCUCAGCACUAAUAUGUCUACUCAUAUGUAUAAAUUUGAAAGAAAAAAGUCAUACAUUGACGGCCGCAAGCCCCCAUUGGGUUGUUAU